ACAUGGCUCGUCGCCCACUCUGCCGGCCCGCGCCCUCGCACUCACGGGGAUCCGAGCUCCUUCUCAACCCCAGAGCUUCCGCUCCGGGAAAAGAAAACUUAAAAAGGAGGAGAGAAGAAGAGGCAAGGUAAAAGGAAGGAGGGACUUCCCCCUGCUCGCUCGCCCCCUUGGCUUUUCGCCUACCAUGUGAUGGGGACUUCCCCUGCAACCCAACCUUCACCCAAAGGCCCCAAAGUCAAUCCCCCUGUACCAAAGUGUUCGACCAAAUGCCUCAACCAAACCUCCACCCUCUCAUCAUCCUCCUCCUCCUGCUCCUCCUCUACUGAUGCCACCUUAGACGAAGAUCUCCUCAACAUAAGUUUUGGGUCUUCGUCAACCGUCACCACCACCACCACCAGCACCACAGACAUCAAGUGCAGUACCAGUAGUAGUACAGCAGCCGCCGAGGACGGCGGCAGCGCCUGGCGGUGCCCGCCACUGGCGAUGAGCGACCUCCGGUUCCUGCGCCGGUUGGGGAGCGGCGACAUAGGGAGUGUGUACUUGGUGGAGAUGAAGGUGUCCGGGGCGGUCUUCGCCGCAAAGGUGAUGGACAAGCGGGAGCUUGUGAGGAGGAAUAAGGUGGGAAGGGCGAGGACGGAGAAGGAAAUCCUGGAGGCCGUGAGCCACCCGUUCCUGCCAAGAUUGCAUGCCGCCAUCGAGUCCGGCCGGUGGUCCUGCCUCGUCACUGAAUUCUGCCCCGGCGGGGACCUUCACGUCCUCCGCCAGCUCCAGCCGGCCAAGAGGUUCGAUGAGGCCGCCGCCAGAUUCUAUGCUGCGGAGGUGGUCGUGGCGCUGGAGUACGUCCACAUGUUGGGGAUCGUGUAUCGUGAUCUAAAGCCGGAAAACGUGCUCGUGAGAUCGGACGGUCACAUUAUGCUCACAGAUUUCGACCUCUCUCUGAGGUGCGACGCUCCGACUUCCGCCACCUUUCUGCUCUCCGACUCCUCUUCCGGUCCCAAGUUCGGACCCGACCCGAGACGCUUCCCGGCCACCUCAUGCAUACUCCCCGGCUGCAUCGUCCCUGCGGUCUCCUGCUUCCACCCCAUGCGCCGCUGGAAGAAACGCUCAACCAAGAAGUCCGUCCCCGACGUCGUCGCCGAGCCCGCCGACGUCCGUUCCAUGUCAUUCGUCGGCACCCAUGAGUACCUCGCGCCGGAGAUCAUCUCCGGAGACGGCCACGGCAGCGCGGUGGACUGGUGGACCCUCGGCAUCUUCGUCUUCGAGCUCCUCUACGGCGUCACCCCCUUCCGGGGUGCCGACCACGAGUCAACGCUCGCCAACAUCGUCGCGCGCGCGCUCGAGGUCCCCACCGGGGAUGCAGCCGGCAGCGUGUCGAAUGCGGCUCGGGAAUUCAUCGCCGCUCUGCUGGUGAAGGAGCCGGAGAAGCGGCUCGGCUCCACCUUGGGCGCAGCAGCCGUGAAGCGCCACCCUUUCUUUGAUGGGGUUAAUUGGGCGCUGCUGAGGUGCGCCACCCCGCCGUAUGUGCCGCCGACGCCGUCGGCCUCCCGCGCAGCUGAUAUGGCUGCGAAAGACAGCAGUUCGGAUAGCAACGUACCAUAUUUCUAAAGACCUCCAGUCUGCAGCUAGCACUGUCUGUUGACAUAGCAGCUGGCUUUUCCUAUUCUGUGCCGUGAAUAUGCAUAAGGCAGGCAUGUGAUGCAGUAGAACCAUUAGGUUUCAGUAUGCCACCAAGUUUUCUUUCUGCCGCUGGUGGAACGGCUGCAGUCAUUCAUCUCGUUGAUUGCUUAAUUUGCUUAGUGACCAGCUGACCGUUGUUUCUUCACCCUUCGUUUGGAAGUUCUAAUGAAUGACUUGGUUGCACUUGCUCCAUGAUCUAAGAAUCAUGAAUUUCUGGCAACCCACCUUCUAUAUUUGUUUGUUUGUUUUUCUUCUUUUCUUUUCUUGGAUUUGCAUGUGAGAAACUAUAGGAGAUCGCUGUU